AUCACUUUUCUACCUACUAAAAGUAAACAAAUGGAUGCUGCAGCGCUCUGCUGUAAAAACAUGAAAAAUGUGACUAAACAGCGGGAAUUACAGCGACGAAAAUGCCCGGACAGAAGAAAAAAUACAACGUACGGUUCCCUCCUGGUCGCAUCAAAAAAAUCAUGCAGAAGGACACAGAAGUUGGGAGGAUAGCGAUGGCAGUUCCGGUGAUCAUCGCCCGGGCUUUGGAGAUGUUCCUGAAGUCUUUGCUGACCAAAACCUGCUUGAUUACUCAGGCGAAGUUCAACAACAUUGUGUCUGUGGCUCACAUGAAGCAGUGCAUAGAGUCAGAAAAAUUGUUUCAUUUUCUCAAAGACCUGGCAGAGGGAGCCACGUCUACAGCAACCCAGAAGGACAACCGAGGCAUGAGUGUUUGGCCUCCCAUACACAGGAACAAAAAGGGCAACAUAGCCGCUAAAAACCCAUCUGGAGCAGGAGAGACUGUUCCCCAAAGGAGCCACGGCCCACACGACACCGACUCAGACUCAAGUGAGCCGGAGCUCUACAUCUGCUUAUAACGUGGACUUCCCAGCCGCACAUCAUUUCUGUUCACAUGUCAUUAGGCUUUGCAGUGACUCAGCAAAAAACAAAAACAAAAAAAAAACUCUUUGUUCACAAUAGCCUACAUCAAUCUGACUGUUUUUGGACAGUAAGAGGGAAGAAAUUGGAUUUACGCAGCAGUUUGAAUCUGAACCAACAUGCAGAGCUUUGGUAAAGAACAGAACGUCCAAGCAGAACGGAUUUCUGCUACAGGAGCUUUGUGUGUGUGUGUGUGUGUGUGUGUGCGCGCAUAGAUUUGAAUACUUUGAAAGUCUGCACUGUUAGUUUUUUUUUUUUUUCAUUUUUAGCUCGUCUGCAGAUUUGAGGUUAGCAUCAUGAACCGUUUUACCCCUGCAGCCCUCAAAUGAUUGAUUUUUCAUUUUGUUUUGUCGUCUUUGUUAAUUAUAAGUGCUUACCUUUUAAUAUUUUUAAAGCACUUGUAAAUAUAUAUUAUUUUGAAUGAAACAUGUAAAUAACUCAAGGCAGGAAGUAAAUAAAACUAAGCAAGAGCUUACAGUAGUUUGUUUAUUCCAAGAAACUAUUUCUUUUAACACGGUACUGGGCUGAAGUGAAGAAUAAAUAGAGGAUUCUGUUUUUAGAGCAUCUUUUACUGCAUAUUUACAUUUUUGAAGCCAUAUAUGGUCAAACAUACGCAGCUGUCACAGGCUUUUUUUUUUUUUUUGGAAAAAAAAAAAAAAACUGAUGCUGACAAACAUUAGUUUUAAUGUUCCAGCUUCAAGUCUCACUGAUGCUGGUCCUGUAAUGUACAUGAACACAAUCUCACCAGAUGAGGCUGUAAUACACACCGUCUGAGCUCAUAACCCCCCAACCCCCACCAACAUUUUUUAAAUGAGACAUGCAUCUUAGUUCAAAUCAACUUUACUACAAUGACUCAAAAUGGAUAAAAUACAUACAAAAUAAACAGUUUUUCAAGUGUUUUGGCUUCUUCGCGAACCGAAGCCGACGCCAAUUGGAAGUGGUUCACCGGAUUCCUCUUUCGUCCGACACGUUUUCUAUUCGGCCCCGGAAGGCAUGGUCCGCCUGCGCUCUUUUCAAGAACCGAGCCGAACACCGGCGGGGAAAAAAGAAAAAACUCAAGAAUUAAAUAUUUCCUGCGAUUAAAUUUUUUUACACGUACAGUGACGGAGUCUUUUGUUUCAUGAACUCGUCCUACGAGUAUAAAGCUGUUCUGUCAAAAAAAAAAAAAAAAAAAAAAAA